GGAAGGAAGUCGCGGAGAGAGAGAGAGAGAGAGAGAGAGAGAGAGCGUGUGCGUCCUGCACACUUGGUUGAUAAGCUAAAUACACGUUGCUCUGUAUCCUCUGUAUCCACGUGUGCAAACGAACGUCUGGCAACUAAGUCGGGGCUCAAACUGUUUACAAUGCUCCUGACAAUCCAAAUCAGCGUUCAGCAGCAGCAGCAACAGCAGCGGUCCCGGUCCCGAUCCCGGUCCCAGCCACCAGCAGAAGACCAACCGGCAGCAGCCAGCCAGUCCUCCUGCAGCAGCAGCAGCGGCGGUGCAGCCAGCCAGCCAGUCAGCCAGCCAGCCAGCCAGGCAGCCAGCCAGGAAGCCACACACCCAGCCAAGCAGCAGCGGUCCCGGUCCCGGUCCCAGUCCCAGCCACCAGCAGCAGACCAGCCGACAGCAGCCAGCCAGACCUCCUGUAGCAGCAGCAGCAGCGGUCACGGUCCCGAUCCCGAUCCCAGCCACCAGCAGCAGACCAACCGGCAGCAGCCAACCAGUCCUCCUGCAGCAGCAGCAGCGGCGAUCCAGCCAGCCAGCCAGCCAGCCAGGCAGCCAGCCAGGAAGCCACACACCCAGCCAAGCAGCAGCGGUCCCGGUCCCGGUCCCAGUCCCAGCCACCAGCAGCAGACCAGCCGACAGCAGCCAGCCAGACCUCCUGUAGCAGCAGCAGCAGCAGCGGUCCCGGUCCCGAUCCCGAUCCCAGCCACCAGCAGCAGACCAACCGGCAGCAGCCAGCCAGUCCUCCUGCAGCAGCAGCAGCGGCGGUCCAGCCAGCCCAGCCAGCCAGCCAGCCAGCCAGCCAGGAAGCCACACACCCAGCCAAGCAGCAGCGGUCCCGGUCCCAGUCCCAGCCACCAGCAGCAGACCUGCCGGCAGCAGCCAGCCAGAGCUCCUGUAGCAGCAGCAGCGGUCCCGGUCCCGAUCCCGGUACCAGCCACCAGCAGCAGACCACCCGGCAGCAGCCAGCCAGUCCUCCUGCAGCAGCAGCAGCGGCGGUCCAGCCAGCCAGCCAGCAAGCCAGCCAGCCAGCCAGCCAGGAAGCCACACACCCAGCCAAGCAGCAGCGGUCCCGGUCCCAGUCCCAGUCCCAGCCACCAGCAGCAGACCAGCCGGCAGCAGCCAGCCAGACCUCCUGUAGCAACAGCAGCAGCAGCAGCGGUCUCGGUCCCGAUCCCGGUACCAGCCACCAGCAGCAGACCAACCGGCAGCAGCCAGCCAGUCCUCCUGCAGCAGCAGCAGCGGCGGUCCAGCCAGCCAGCCACCAAGCAGCAGCGGUCCCAGCCCCGGUACCAGUCCCAGCCACCAGCAGCAGACCAGCUGACAGCAGCCAGCCAGACCUCCUGUAGCAGCAGCAGCAACGGUCCCGGUCCCGAUCCCGGUCCCAGCCACCAGCAGCAGACCAACCGGCAGCAGCCAGCCAGUUCUCCUGCAGCAGCAGCAGCGGCGGUCCAGCCAGCCAGCCAGCCAGCCAGCCACCAACCAGCCAGACAGCCAGGAAGCCACACACCCAGCCAAGCAGCAGCGGUCCGGUCCCGGUCCCAGUCCCAGCCACCAGCAGCAGACCAGCAGGCAGCAGCCAGCCAGACCUCCUGCAGCAGCAGCAGCAGCAGCAGCAGCGCCAGCCAGUCCUCCUGCAGCAGCAGCAGCAGUGGCGGUCCAGCCAGCCAGCCAGCCAGGCAGCCAGCCAGGAAGCCACACACCCAGCCAAGCAGCAGCGGUCCCGGUCCCGGUCCCAGUCCCAGCCACCAGCAGCAGACCAGCCAGCAGCAGCCAGCCAGACCUCCUGUAGCAGCAGCAGCAGCGGUCCCGGUCCCGAUCCCGGUCCCAGCCACCAGCAGCAGACCAACCGGCAGCAGCCAGCCAGUCCUCCUGCAGCAGCAGCAGCGGCGGUCCAGCCAGCCAGCCAGGCAGCCACCCAGCCAGCCAGCCAGCCAGGAAGCCACACACCCAGCCAAGCAGCAGCGAUCCCGGUCCCGGUCCCAGUCCCAGCCACCAGCAGCAGACCAGCCGGAAGCAGCCAGCCAGACCUCCUCCACCAGCAGCAGACCAACCGGCAGCAGCCAGCCAGUCCUCCUGCAGCAGCAGCAGCGGCGGUCCAGCCAGCCAGCCAGCCAGCCACCCAGCCAGCCAGCCAGCCAGGAAGCCACACACCCAGCCAAGCAGCAGCGGUCCCGGUCCCAGUCCCAGUCCCAGCCACCAGCAGCAGACCAGCUGCCAGCAGCCAGCCAGACCUCCUGUAGCAGCAGCAGCAGCAGCGGCGGUCCAGCCAGCCAGCCAGCCAGCCAGCCAGCCAGCCAGGAAGCCACACACCCAGCCAAGCAGCAGCGGUUCCGGUCCCGGUCCCGGUCCCAGUCCCAGCCACCAGCAGCAGACCAGCCGGCAGCAGCCAGCCAGACCUCCUGUAGCAGCAGCAGCAGCAGCAGCGGUCCCGGUCCCGAUCCCGGUCCCAGCCACCAGCAGCAGACCAACCGGCAGCAGUCAGCCAGUCCUCCGGCAGCAGCAGCAGCAGCGGUCCAGCCAGCCAGCCAGCCAGCCAACCAGCCAGGCAGCCAGCCAGGAAGCCACACACACAGCCAAGCAGCAGCAGUCCCGCAGCAGCAGCAGCGGUCCCGGUCCCGAUCCCGGUCCCAGCCACCAGCAGCAGACCAACCGGCAGCAGUCAGCCAGUCCUCCAGCAGCAGCACCAGCAGCGGUCCAGCCAGCCAGCCAGCCAGCCAGCCAGCCAGCCAGCCAGCCAGCCAGCCAGGAAGCCACACACCCAGCCAAGCAGCAGCGGUCCCGCAGCAGCAGCAGCAGCAGCGGUCCCGGUCCCAAUCCCGGUCCCAGCCACCAGCAGCAGACCAACCGGCAGCAGCCAGCCAGUCCCCCUGCAGCAGCAGCAGCGGUGGUCCAGCCAGCCAGCCAGCCAGCCAGCCAGCCAGCCAGCCAGCCAGGAAGCCACACACCCAGCCAAGCAGCAGCAGUCCCGGUCCCGGUCCCAGUCCCAGCCACCAGCAGCAGACCAGCCGGCAGCAGCCAGUGAGACCUCCUGUAGCAGCAGCAGCGGUCCCGGUCCUGAUUCUGGUCCCAGCUACCAGCAGCAGACCAACCGGCAGCAGCCAGCCAGUCCCCCUGCAGCAGCAGCAGCGGUGGUCCAGCCAGCCAGCCAGCCAGCCAGCCAGCCAGCCAGCCAGCCAGGAAGCCACACACCCAGCCAAGCAGCAGCGGUCCCGGUCCCGGUCCCAGUCCCAGCCACCAGCAGCAGACCAGCCGGCAGCAGCCAGCCAGACCUCCUGUAGCAGCAGCAGCAGCGGUCCCGGUCCCGAUCCCGGUCACAGCCACCAGCAGCAGACCAACCGGCAGCAGUCAGCCAGUCCUCCAGCAGCAGCACCAGCAGCGCAGCAGCAGCAGCAGCAGCGGUCCCGGUCCCAAUCCCGGUCCCAGCCACCAGCAGCAGACCAACCGGCAGCAGCCAGCCAGUCCCCCUGCAGCAGCAGCAGCGGUGGUCCAGCCAGCCAGCCAGCCAGCCAGCCAGCCAGCCAGCCAGCCAGGAAGCCACACACCCAGCCAAGCAGCAGCAGUCCCGGUCCCGGUCCCAGUCCCAGCCACCAGCAGCAGACCAGCCGGCAGCAGCCAGUGAGACCUCCUGUAGCAGCAGCAGCGGUCCCGGUCCUGAUUCUGGUCCCAGCUACCAGCAGCAGACCAACCGGCAGCAGCCAGCCAGUCCCCCUGCAGCAGCAGCAGCGGUGGUCCAGCCAGCCAGCCAGCCAGCCAGCCAGCCAGCCAGCCAGCCAGGAAGCCACACACCCAGCCAAGCAGCAGCGGUCCCGGUCCCGGUCCCAGUCCCAGCCACCAGCAGCAGACCAGCCGGCAGCAGCCAGUCAGACCUCCUGUAGCAGCAGCAGCAGCAGCAGCGGUCCCGGUCCUGAUCCCGGUCCCAGCCACCAGCAGCAGACCAACCGGCAGCAGCCAGCCAGUCCCCCUGCAGCAGCAGCAGCGGCGGUCCAGCCAGCCAGCCAGCCAGCCAGCCAGCCAGCCAGGAAGCCACACACCCAGCCAAGCAGCAGCGGUCCCGGUCCCGGUCCCAGUCCCAGGCACCAGCAGCAGACCAGCCGGCAGCAGCCAGCCAGCCCUCCUGUAGCAGCAGCAGCAGCAGCGGCGGUCCAGCCAGCCAGCCAGCCAUCCCAGCCACCAGCAGCAGACCAGCCGGCAGCAGCCAAUCAGACCUCCUGUAGCAGCAGCAGCAGCAGCAGCGGUCCCGGUCCUGAUCCCGGUCCCAGCCACCAGCAGCAGACCAACCGGCAGCAGCCAGCCAGUCCUCCUGCAGCAGCAGCAGCGGCGGUCCAGCCAGCCAGCCAUCCCAGCCACCAGCAGCAGACCAGCCGGCAGCAGCCAGUCAGACCUCCUGUAGCAGCAGCAGCAGCAGCAGCGGUCCCGGUCCUGAUCCCGGUCCCAGCCACCAGCAGCAGACCAACCGGCAGCAGCCAGCCAGUCCUCCUGCAGCAGCAGCAGCAGCGGCGGUCCAGCCAGCCAGCCAGCCAUCCCAGCCACCAGCAGCAGACGAGCCGGCAGCAGCCAGCCAGCCCUCCUGUAGCAGCAGCAGCAGCAGCGGCGGUCCAGCCAGUAAGCCAGCCAGCCAGCCAGCCAGCCAGGAAGCCACACACCCAGCCAAGCAGCAGCGGUCCCGGUCCCGGUCCCAGUCCCAGCCACCAGCAGCAGACCAGCCGGCAGCAGCCAGUCAGACCUCCUGUAGCAGCAGCUGCAGCAGCGGUCCCGGUCCCGAUCCCGGUCCCAGCCACCAGCAGCAGACCAACCGGCAGCAGCCAGCCAGUCCUCCUGCAGCAGCAGCAGCGGCGGUCCAGCCAGCCAGCCAGCCAGCCAGCCAGCCAGCCAGCAGCCAGCCAGGAAGCCACACACCCAGCCAAGCAGCAGCAGUCCCGGUCUCGGUCCGUCCCAGCCACCACAGCGGACCAGCCGGCAGCAGCCAGCCAGCCCUCCUGUAGCAGCAGCAGCAGCAGCGGCGGUCCAGCCAGCCAGCUAUUCUGGCAGGUGACAGUAAUAUCCAUUGCUGUUCCUUUGGAUCAUCAAGUUGAGGUUGUCCAGGUUGGGCAUGAAGCAGUUGUGACUACAGGUCACAAUCCAGGAGCAUCACCACCAGUGAGAGUGGAAGGAACAUCAGUUUGGGGCUCGAUGACGUGA